AUGGACAAAAAUUCUCUAAAAAGAAGAAACAGAUUACUCAAAAAAAAUGAAUCAAGGAUGAACAUAUUACUAGGUAAAUCAGUAGAUGAUAACAUUUCACAGAAUAAUAAUAAUAAUGAUAAUUUAAGUAAUGAUAAAAUUUAUGAACAAUUCUCAAAUAAUAUGAGUGAAAAUAUAGAAAGAAAAAUUUUAAAUAAUGUAAACAACAAAAAAAAAAUUAUAAAUGAAAAUACGGAUUACGAGAAAAAUAAUAACUGUGUUAAUAUGAUUGAUAAUAAUUCUAAUAAUUUUGAUUAUAACAAAAAUGUAGAUAAUGAAAAUUAUGAGGACAAUGAAAAACAAAAAAAUAUAAAUGACAAAAUAAAAAAUGUUAAAGAGGAUUAUCUUGGAAGUAAAAAGGAAAUAUUACAAGAAGAUGUUAAUUUUAAUCAUAAUGAGAACAUGUCCUUUAAUGUAAUAAAAGACAAAAAUAUAAAUUAUAAUUCAUUAAAAGAAAGGUCAGAAUUUAAUAUUAAUAACAUGAAAAAGUUGCAUUUUUCAUUAUUAAUAAUUCUUUCUAUACUUUUUAGUUUUAUAAAAUUAAAUUAUAACAAUAUACUCUUAUAUAACAAUAUAGGAAAACAAUUUUUAUAUUUCAUUAAGUCAAAUAAUUUUUUUAUAUACUUUUCAAUUAUCUAUAAUGUGAUAUUUUUAUUAUUUGACAUUUUUUUACAUUGCCUAAAAAAUAAUAUAAGAAAAAAGGAUUUAAUAGAAAAUAUCAAAAAUGUAAAAAAAAAAUUAAUUAAUGAAUCUGAAUUUUUCCUUUUUAUCAUAAAUAAUAUGCUAACAGUUCUAACUUUUUUAAUAAGUAUUAUAAAAUCAUACGUGGUUUCUAUAUUUUUAACAUACUUAUUUCAUGAUAUUUUUUAUAAUAAUAUAUUCUAUAUAUCUUCAAUGAAUCUGAAUAAAAAGAAACAUAUUAUAUGA